AUGCCACCGAAACGUGGUAAGGCUGAUGGGUCGACUGCAAAGGCACCCAUGCAGUCCAGCACUAAGCGCACGCGCCGCGAGUUAUCGCAGCCGUCGCAAAGUGCUUCAGGCACUGAGGUGAAUCUUCCAUCUCACUAUAAUGUGGUUGAAGAUCCAUAUCUCAUUGUAGAUUACAAUGAGACUACACCAUUGCCAUCACCCCAAAGUGGCGAUGAGCAAAGUGCAUUGAUGGGACAUGUGCCCUAUCAUUUGAGGCACCCGUCCUUGAGGGAGCGUCUAAGCUUCCUACAAGCGAAGGUAAAACCCAGUCGUCUGCGCCUACGAGCGCAGCGACUAAGACUGAGCGCGCUACUUCGAAAGGAGUAG